GUCUCUUCACGCGGCUCAGCCGAGUCAUGUAGGCCUUAGGCUUCGCAAGCAUCCACACCUGCCAUGCGGUAUAUCACCUUAAGGGUAGAACGGCCUCUAGACCACGAGGUACGGAAGAUUUGGCCGACCUCGUUCGUAUCCUGCGCCGCAUGCUUUCUGUCCGAAAGCUUAUGAUUUCAACGGCUCUACAUUCUAGUGACUGAAUACUCCUCUGAGCUAUUACUCCUCCACAUCCAUUCCAGACCCUUCCGAGGAGAGCGACACCAUGGACGAACUCAGCGCCAUGCUUGGCGAGAUGCUCAAAGCAUAUCCGGAUCCAAGUGGUCCACGACCUAUUGCGAACUAUCCUGCAACAAUGUAUGGAGUCACGAUCACAUUUCACCUAUUGAGUUGGGUUGCAGUGGGCUUUCGUCUUCACACACGCAUCAGAGUCGUUCGUGAGCCAUGGUGGGAUGACCUCUUCGUCCUCCUAGCGUCAAUCGUCAACUUGGUCUCUGUGAUAGGAUUCCUAGCGGGCACCAAGUAUGGCCUUGGUCAUCACCUUAUCUACGUUAUCAACACCCUUCCGGUCAUGAUGAAGUACCUCUAUGUCACCAACGCUGCCUACCACACGACCACCUUUCUCAUCAAGGUCUCACUGCUAUUGCAAUACCUUCGCCUCUUCAGACAAGGUAUCCUGCGUUACAUCUGUAUGAUCCUAUUGUUCAUUGUAGCCUGCUGGGGUCUUGCAUUCUCCUUCCUCGCCUGGUUCCCUUGCCUGCCAGUAUCUGGGUUCUGGCACCGAACUGCCCAGUCAAAGUGCUAUGGAUUCGGCUACCGCACCAUGGACGAAGCCAAGAUUACACUGUACAUCUUUGCAGGAACGAACAUGUUCUUCGACGUUGUCAUCUUCCUCAUCCCGCUCACUGAGUUCUUCAGGCCGGGACUCAGGAAGAAGCAGAUACUGGCGAUGAUCGGACUGUUUGCUGUGGGCUUCCUGGUCGUGCUCAUGGCUGUUCUCCGUCUCUGGAGCACAUUCAAGCAUAGCGCGGAGGCCAUGAAGGGCUUUGAUUUCACUUGGUGGUACCCCGAGGUCUUGAUCAUCUCAUGCCUAGAAGUCGACUUUGCCAUCAUAUGCGCCUCGAUGCCCAUCUUCUGGCCGAUAGUGGUGACUAAUUGGAAUGCAAUAUUCGUCACAAAGGAGGUUCACAUCACACACCAAGAUCGAGUACAGGGCUUCGAAAUGGGUCGACCAACUUCGUUGAAAAGCACUGCUAGUCAAGAAGGUCUGACAAAGCUGCCGAGCGGAGAGCAGAAGUCGUAUUACUACAAUGACUUCGGAGAAGAAGCAAGCACAGGGAAAAGCCCCGCGUUGACGGUGAGCGAAGAGGUCGCACCAUCGAGACGCAUGGUAUGAGCAAAUUAAAGUCCACUUACCUCUACCGAAUGAC